AUGAUUUCAAAUAUACAGAAACAAAAUCAAAUUAAACAACAACAACAACUACAAAUAAUUUCAAAUGAAAACUUUAAUAAUAAUCAAUAUUUAUUAAGAUCAUCACAUGCUGGCAUUGUGAUGAUUGGUGGAAUUGAUUUUGAUAGAAUUAAUGUUGGUAAAAAAAGAAUUGUAAAAUUUACAUUGGCAAAUACAAAUUCAACACCAUUUGUAGUUACAGAUUUAUAUUUACAGCAAUCAAUUAAACCAAUUAUUUUAAUGAAUGAUACAAUGAAACAACAACAACAACAACAAUAUUAUCAAGAACCAAUAUUUUCAAUUGUUUCCACCAACAAUAAUAAUAGUAAUAGUAAUAAUAGUAAUAGUAAUAGUAAUAGUAGUAAUAGAUUUCCAAUUAGUAUACCACCAAAUAUGGAUUUUGAAAGUAGUAUAUCAUUUACACCAUUACAUCCAGGUAAUUUUACAGCACUAUUAUCAAUUGCAUCAGAAGAUGAAGGUAUUCAACAAAUAUCAUUACAUGGUCAAGGUGAUAUACCAUCUGCACCAACUCAAAUCAUUUAUACAGAUAAUCAAGUUCCAAUAGUUAUUGAUACCCCAAAGAAAUUGGAAUAUAAUUCUUUAGAUUUUAAUCAAUUAACUAAAACUAAUAACAGUAAUGCUCGUUCAACUAGUUUCACUUCUAAUCGUAAUAAUACAUUAUCAACUAGUUGGCCAUUAUUUUUUGAUUGUGAUAUUAAUAAUGAUUUAACAAAUACAAAUUUUAUGAUUAAAACUCAAAAUGGUAUUACAAAUUAUAAUAAUAAUAACAAUAACAAUAACAAUAAUAAUAAUAGUAAUUUCCCAAAAAAUGUAUAUAUUACACCACCUCCACCACCAAAAAAUAAUAAUAAUUCAAGCAAUCCAUCAUGCAUAAAGAAAACUGUUACUUUUAGAGAUAAUAGUGAGGAUAAUAAUAAUAAUAAUAAUAAUAAUAAUAAUAAUAAUAAUAAUAAUAAUAAUAAUAAUAAUAAUAAUAAUAAUAAUAAUAAUACCAAUGAAAAUUAUUUAAAUAAUGAAAAUAGUGAAAAGGGUAAUAAUGGAAAUAUUGGAAAUAUUGGAAAUAUUGGAAAUAAUAAUAAAAAGGUUACCACUACAGUUUUACAAAAGAAAUUUACAAAUGAUACAAAUGAAAGAAAGUUUUAUUAUAAUAGUGGUAAAAAUCAACCCUCUGUAGUUUAUAAUAAAAUACAAUUGAUUGAAAAUAAAAUAUCUGAUCUUUCUAGACAAAUUGAUAGCAAUCAUAAUAUUAAUCAUAUUCCAUUCGAUAUAAAUUCAAAUCAACCAAUAUUCAGAGCAUAUCCUUCAAAUAAUAAAUUCAUUUCAAAAAGACCUCAAAAUCAUCAUUUUAAUCAACCACAACAACAACAACAACAACAACAACAACAACAACAACAACAACAACAACAUUUCUAUAUACACCCAAACAACAAUAAUCCACCACAACCUAAACUCUAUCAACCUACACAAAAUAGACAACAACCUCAAAAUAAUAAUAAACAUCAAGAACAACAACAACAACAAGAACAACAAAAUGAACAAGAAAAACAAAAUCAAGAAUUUUAUCAAUAUAUUCACAACGAAGAUUCUCCACAACAACAACACCAACAACAACAACAACAACAAUCCAAUAAUUUUAACAAUAAUAAUCCUAAAAAUGUUAAACCUAAACCGAUAAUUCAAAAUACUAAACCAAUAAAUCACAAUUCAAAAGAUGAUGUAUUUGACGAUGACGAUGAUGAUUCUCGUGUAUUAUCAGAAGAAGAUAAAGAUAUGUUAAGACUAAUGGAGAAAACUCCAUUACCCAAAGGUCAAACACCAGCAGCAUUUAAAAACUUUUUACAACCUGAUGUUUACAGUUUCUCACCAUCAAUAAAUAGAUUUAAUCAAACUCCUUUUAAAACAAGAAAUGAUAUAUUUUAA